GCAGCGGGUGGGGGCCUGGCGGAGUGGAGGGGUAACAAGAUGGCGACUGAGACGGUGGAGCUUCAUAAGCUGAAGAGCACUUCUUAACCUUUUGGAGGUCACAGAUAUCUUUGAAACUCUGAUGAAAGGUUCAAUCUGUAAAUUAAGGAAAAGCUUUAUUCUUUUUUCUCAGCUUGCUGAACUAAAGCAGGAGUGUCUUGCUCGUGGUUUGGAGACCAAGGGAAUAAAACAAGAUCUCAUCAACAGGCUCCAGGCAUAUCUUGAAGAGCAUGCUGAAGAGGAGGCAAAUGAAGAAGAUGUACUGGGAGAUGAAACAGAGGAAGAAGAACCAAAGCCCUUAGAACUGCCUGUCAAAGAGGAAGAACCUCCUGAAAAAACUGUGGAUGUGGCAGCAGAGAAAAAAGUGGUAAAAAUUACAUCUGAAAUACCACAGACUGAGAGGAUGCAGAAGAGAGCUGAACGAUUCAAUGUACCUGUGAGUUUGGAGAGUAAGAAAGCUGCCCGGGCAGCUAGAUUUGGGAUUUCUCCAGUUCCAUCAAAAGGUCUGUCGUCUGACACCAAGCCUAUGGUUAACCUGGAUAAGCUAAAAGAAAGAGCUCAAAGGUUUGGUUUGAAUGUCUCUUCAAUCUCCAGAAAGGCACACCUCAGAAAUACUGUGAAUUCAGUUCCAGACCACCCCAGUACCGUGAAUAUUGCAAUAACAAGGCAGGUGCAGCACAAGGGAGAAAAUGAACGUUUCUCAAGCGGAAGGAACCAAAGUAAGACUGAGGAAGGACUCCUGGCUGCUCACUGUGCUCAGAGAACUGGGCUGGUGCGAUUGAACACAGAAAGCUGUACAGCUGCCUUGCUUUUGACCAGGGGCGGGUUCCUCCAAGGAACAAAGACCGCUCCAUUGUUGGGGUUGAGAGUGAAGUCGGAGGAUGACGAAAAGCUGAAAAAGAGGAAGGAGCGAUUUGGGAUUGUCACAAGUUCAGUUGGAACAGGAACCACAGAGGAUACAGAGGCAAAGAAGAGGAAAAGAGCAGAGCGCUUUGGAAUUGCCUGAUGAAAAGCUUGUGAUGCUUUCUGUUCUCCAGUGUUCCCACCUCUUUGACUCUUCCUGGUCCCCUGUAUACCUAAGUGCACAGUUACGUGCCUAGGUCCUGCCUUGCAGUGAGGGAGCAUGUACCCCAGGUACAUCUGUGAACUCCAGCAGCAGUUUGACUUAUUGCAGUUCCAACUUUAAGGUUUUUGUUGUUGUUGUUUUUUAAUUAUUAUUUUGCUUGUUAAUAAAAAAAAAUAGAAAAAAGAA